AACCAUAACCAUUUCAGGCUGUUCACUGAGCAUCCCAAGUACAAGACCAAGUUCUGGAGAAUCAGGGAUGUUCCCAGUGACAAGCUGAAGGGAAACAAGGCCCUACAUUGCCACUCACUCAUGUUCACCAGGGCCAUUGGGGCCAUGGCUGAGAACAUUGAGGACAAGGAGAUGAUUGAUGAAGUGCUGCAAAGGCUGGCCUAUAGGCAUUUGCGUUUGGACAUUGACGACAAGGACUUGAAGGUGGCAACUGACAUUUUCGUCAAGGAAAUGGGUUCGUCGGGUGACAAGGUGUGGCAGGCUGCUUUUGACAAGAUGAAUCCCAGAAUUGGAAAGUACAUGAAGGACUUGGAGAAGGCUGGUGUUUCGUAAUCUUCUCAUUUUCAUCUCACGUUAUCCAAAAAUGAAUUGAAAUAAAACCCUUGCAAUGAUGA